GUUGCUGAUAUUUUUGGCCCCCAAAAUAUGUCAGCUUCCAACUGUCCUUAUUCUCCUCCAGAAAACCUUUACUACAGGAACAGAAACGGGGGAAAAAAACAACAACAAUACAAAUAAUGUCAUGCCAGGAUAACAUGGCUGCGGGUCAUUUCCUUAUGGAUUCUUUGAUGGGAGGAUCAUCUUCCUAUAGAGGCGAAGGCUACUCCAACAGCAACCAUGGAAUGUACAUCCACCCGGCUGCAUCUGAGUAUGGAUGCUCAAUGAUGAGACAUUUUGGAGUAGUUGGAUCGAAAAAAGACGAGGUUCCUCUGAGCAGCCAAACUCUCGGCUCCUACCAAGAUGCGCCUUACCUGUCAUCCCAACUGGGCACAUGGACCUCGGCUUCCAAAACUAACAGGGACGAGCAACCUGUUGCCCAGUCCAGUUUACAACCGUGUUCGUUUCCAACCGACAACGUCAAAGAGGAGGCGUUCUGUUGUCUGUAUCAGGGUGACAGUAGCAGCAGGGCUAAUAAGGAAGCUACAGAGUCGGCUACUUACAUCCGGCUUGGGAACAAUAGUAGCAGCCAGACCGACCAAACCGCUGUCUCGGCGACGUCCGAAUGUUAUGGAGGAGAGAAACAGGUAUACCCAAGAGGGAGCAGGGGACAGCGAAAAGAGCAGGUCGGGACAGGCUUUGCUUCUUUGGACCAGGUGACGACAUCUGUUGAAUCACCCAGAGAAUCAACGGUUAAAAUGAGCAAAUCUACCCAGGAGACAGUCAGCGAGGAAAUGCGCAACGAAAAGGCAAAACAGGGAAAGAGCAUGAAAGAGGAAAGCGCAAAGACUGACAGUUGUUCUGAUAACUCCGACAGCGAAUUGAAAGAUGAUUUUACACUGGAAAAUGCUCCAGGAAACUGGUUAAAAGCCACAAGUGGACGGAAGAAGAGAUGCCCGUACACAAAGCACCAGACGCUCGAGCUGGAAAAGGAAUUUUUGUAUAACAUGUACCUGUCUCGCGAGCGCCGCCUGGAGAUCAGUAAGAGUAUCGAUCUGACCGAUAGACAAGUCAAGAUCUGGUUCCAGAACCGAAGGAUGAAACUCAAGAAACUCAAUAAGGAAUGUCGUGGACGGGAUCAUAUGGCAGUCCACAACUUCACUUAAAAUUAUUUUAUCUAUAAAACCAUUCCAUAUACACCCAAACACACACACACAUGCACAUACACAUACACACACACACACAAAGUGUGCCUUCAUACAAGGACAAUAUAUCAACGAUGCCCAAGAGUACAUUACUUUAUCAAGGAGGGACAUGGUUUCGGGUCAGCAGUUGAGUUUGCCUUUCAACACAUGAACAUUGAAUAGAGGUACCGGUUGCCCUGCCAACAUAGAACUGCUAGAACUGCCGGAAUGAAAACAGACAUUGUUUGUUUUGGAAUGUUUCCUCAUUCCGUUGCUUCAUCUUGUUGUCUUUAGUUUAGUUGCUUCUGCUAUGUAGGCCAUGAUAGGCUAUUCGCACUGUUUGCAUGCACAUUGUUGCUUGCGUCAUAUACGACCCGUUGACGAUUCCUAAAGGAAAACCGUGUCCAAUAGAAUAAAGGAGGGGAUUUGAAAUGAAAUAUAUAACAUAUAGCUUGUCCUUCCCCUUAUUAUCAUGUUAGCACUCUGAGAAAGGAAAAGACAGAGGGGAAGAGAGAGAGAGAGAGGCUGCAGAUGAGAGUGGGAAGAUCAUGGCCGUUUUAAUAGAAGAGAUUGGUUUAAAUAGUAUCCAGGUGACCACAGUAAGUCAAGGUCAUAAAAGUAUUAUGCCAGGACCGUCUCGUGGUAGAAGCAUGAGCUCGGGGGGGAUUUUAUGAUCUGCAAAUAUAAUGUGCUAGCUGGCUGCUGCAGUAAAGAUGCAUCGUUUGAACGUGUGUGGAGGAGAGGGCUAGGCUAGUCUACAGAGUGGAGAGUGUCUGCUUUGUACUGGAGUCACCAACGCGCUCGACCGGCUCCCUCUGCUAUGUAGCCUGCCGCCUACUUAUUUGACGAUACAGGGCUGUUUGUUAUCUCGUCAAGAAACGAAAAGGAUGGAUGAUAAACAACAACAACAGAAACAUCAAAGACAGCUUGAAUAAAUAAGGACCACCACGACAGAGUGUCUCCGGGGAAAUUCAAGGUAGGACACAAAUAGGUACGUAUUAUUAACUCAGCUGUGAUUUUUGAGAUGUCACGCCUGUCUGCCGGUUGGUCUGCCAGUGGAGCUUGUUUGACAGCGCUCUCGAGCAUGCGAGAUGGGAUGGGUUGUCUGAUUAAACCAAUUGAUUUGACGUUCUUCUUUUGGGAACAUUUUGAGCAUUUUGAACCAGACAUUGGUUUUGUUAUUGCUGUGUUGAUAUCGAUUAUGUAUACUUUGUCUAAAUAGUUUUCCCUUUAUUAGUUGGGCAUUUUCAGACACCAUUUGUUAUUAUUCUGCGGUUUAACAGUAAGCUAUUUCAAUGUCCUAAUUUGCUGUUGGUUCUCAAUGUUGUACACACUUAGCCUAUUUAGGAUGACAGUGACAAUGAUAUAAUACAUUCGGAUGAACGAUUCCUAUUUGUUUCAUUAUGCUGGUAAUAGCUAUGUUAUGGUUGACAGACAAUAAAAUCCUUACCUGGC